UUUGCACUUGGUGUCUCUUUGUGUUGGUUCUUCCGGCUAGACAAAAAUUGGAGUGCGGCUUUAUAAGGUUUCAAGACAUAUUUAACGUUGGAUAGUGCGAAUUUUUCGCCAUUUCGCGUAUUUUUAGAGUGCUACCUGGCCAUUCACGCACACAUUGACAAAUACAAACAGAGAAUGCCUUCAAUUAAGCUACAGUCGUCGGACGGAGAAAUCUUUGAAACCGAUGUACAGAUUGCAAAAUGUUCCGGAACCAUUAAAACAAUGCUGGAGGAUCUCGGUAUGGACGAGGGUGAUGAUGAAGCUGUGCCACUACCGAACGUGAAUUCUGCUAUCUUGCGGAAGGUACUGCAAUGGGCAACCUACCACAAGGAUGAUCCGAUGCCCGUGGAGGACGAUGACAGCAAGGAAAAGCGAACGGACGACAUUAGCUCGUGGGACGCCGACUUCCUGAAAGUCGAUCAAGGCACGCUGUUCGAGCUCAUUCUGGCGGCAAACUAUCUCGAUAUUAAGGGGUUGCUUGACGUAACCUGCAAAACCGUAGCGAACAUGAUUAAAGGCAAAACACCGGACGAAAUCCGCAAAACGUUCAAUAUUAAGAAUGACUUUAAUCCCGUAGAGGAAGAGCAAGUGCGCAAGGAAAACGAAUGGUGUGAGGAGAAAUAAAUGAACGAUGACAAGUUUUGACUAAGUUGAGUUUUGUGGAUCAUCACAUUUGAAUUGAGCCUUUUAGUACAUAAUUCAAUUAUCUUCCUAAAUCUAUUCGUAAAGUUGAAGUAGGACAGAACGGACUUAUGUUUCAAGAUGUUCGAAGCAGGAAUCUAAUUUUUUUGUCGCUUGAUAGGGAGAAAUUUAUUGCAACAGUGCGAUAUCGGAACGAUCGAUAAUGCUUGAGGCUAUACCGUUUGAACGGAGCGAUAAAAGUAACAAAACAAGUAUAAAUUAUCGAAUGCGAUGAGUUCUCGAGAUUAGCUUUCCCAUCAUACUUUUCGUAAACCCGUAAUCUUCGCGACAUUUGGAGAUAAUCGUUCAAGACAAAGGAAUAAAUAAGAUCAGCAACACGA